AUGGACUCUAGCGAUACCGAUUUUCGGUACAUGGCUACUAAUGAUUUAAUGAAUGAGCUUCAAAAGGAUGGGUUUACUUUGGAGGAAUCUACUGAAAAAAGAGUUGUUCAAAAAGUAAUAAAAUUAAUGGAUGAUGCUAAUGGAGAAGUGCAGAAUUUGGCAGUUAAAUGCCUCGCUCCACUUGUAAAAAAAGUUCGUGAGCCACAGCUACAAGAAAUCGUUGAUCAACUUUGCAGCUACACAACACAACCAGGAAAAGAAGAAUUACGGGAUAUUGCUGGCAUUGGCUUGAAAACUGUCAUUGUUGAAAUACCAAGUAAUCUUAGUGCUAGUAAUGUGAUGCUACGAUUAAUUCCAAGACUUCUUGCACAACUUGAAGAUACAAAUGCUACAUACGAAGUAAAAAUGGAUACCCUUGAUAUUCUAAGCGAACUCCUCGCCCGUUUUGGAAAUUCCGUCGCUAAUAACCCACAAAUUCAAAAGAGGAUCCAAAAUGUUUUAGUACCACUUUUGGGUCAUUCGAGACCGGCAUUUAGAAAGAGAACUACUGUUGCCCUUGGUAAUCUCGUGACACAUACUCCUGACGACCUAUUUAAUGAACUAGUACAACAAUUACUGGUGGAAUUCGGUAGAGCUGGUGAUCAAAAUGAUAAAUUGAAAACAUUAGUUCAUCGAUCAAGUGCACCAAGAUUAGGGAAACACCUACCUCAAUUCUUACCAUUAGUAAUUAAAAAUGUCGAUGCUUGCGAUGAUGAUGAGUUACGUGAAAAUUGUUUGCAAGCGUUAGAAUCAUUCGUGCUACGUUGCCCUACUGAGAUCACACCCAAUAUUAAUACUAUUAUUGAUCUUUGCUUAGGUGUGUUUAUUAUUAAUACAAGUUACUUGUUUAAUAUUGAAUUAAUUGUGAGAAUUUCAAAAUCCAGGGACUAUUCUGAUGACGAUGAUAUCUCAUGGAAAGUGCGUCGUUCCUCCUCUAAAGUACUUGCAGCCAUUGUUGGCACACGACACGAACUUCUUUCUCAAUUAUAUCAAAGCGUUGCCCCAGCUUUGGUAAAUCGAUUUAAAGAAAGGGAAGAAUCUGUACGCGUUGAUGUUCUCCAAACGUUCAUUGUUUUACUUAGACAAACGUUGGUGUAUGGUGGUGAAGGUUACGUACCAAGAGAAAAUGAUCAUGAACCUAAACGCAGAAGGGCAAUUGGUCCUAGCGAGUCUCAAGAAAGCCCCAAACAAAUGCUUCGAAAUUUAGUUGCUAAACUUAGCCGUAACCUUUCAAAGCAGUUGCUCUCAAAAUCCAUUGUCACUAAACAAACUGGAUUUGUUCUUUUGAGAGAAUUGGUUACAGUACUAAAUGGAGGUCUUGAUAAUCAUCUCAAUACUUUCAUUCCAGCCAUCGAAAAUUCUUUAUCCACUUCAUCAGAUGUUUCGCAUCAUCAUUCAAGCACAAAUUCUAAUUUAAAGAUUGAAACUUUGAGCUUUCUCCGACAAUUGUUUAAAGUUCAUCCCCCACAAGUCUUCCAUAAUUAUCUUGAUAGAUUAUGUCGUCCUAUAAUUUCCUCUGUCGAGGAUAAAUUUUAUAAGAUUACAUCCGAAGCUUUCUUGGUCUGCAUCGAAUUAGUUAAAGUUAUUCGUCCUAUCGAGUAUAAUGUACAAACUAAGGCAUAUAAUGUUCAGACAUUGAAUCCUUCUUUCAGAUCAUAUAUUUUGGACAUUUAUAAUGUUACCAUUGCACGUCUCUCAACAACCGAUGCUGACCAAGAAGUAAAGGAACGUUCUAUUAUGUGUUUGGGUGUACUUAUAUCUCAAUGUGGUGAUAAUUUGAAAGAAGAACUCAAAGUUUGCAUGCCAAUGCUCUUGGAUCGCCUGAGAAAUGAAGUUACGCGUUUAACGACUGUAAAGACCUUUACAAGUAUUGCUGAUAGCACAGUUUGUGCCAGCGAAGAAGUAAAACAAGCUGUAAUAGGAGCUAUCAAUGAAGUUGCAGUUUUACUUAGGAAGAGUCAUCGUCAAUUAAAGGUUGCCAGUUUAGUAUGCUUGGAAGUAUUCGUUCGAAGAUAUGGUAAUUUCUUGGGUCCUGAAAGUUAUUCUCGCGUACUUGAAGAAUUGACACCUCAUAUUUCAGACCAGGAUCUUCAUUUAUUACCAUUAGCUCUAAAUACUGUAGUAUCUGUUUUACGUACUAACCCGCAAUCUCUUGGAGCUGUAUACAAAGAUAUAUUACCUUCCAUUUUCCAACUUGUACAAUCGACUCUUGUGCAAGGAGCCGCAUUAGACAGUUUGUUGGUUUUAUUCGAAACUUUAAUAACAACUAAUGAAGCCGACUUUAACAAGUUACUAAACGGAUUGAUUCAACCUGCUUUAGUUGCUGAACAAGGCCAAUUAACACUUUCAAAACAGGCAUAUUCAACAAUUGCACAAUGUAUUGCUGUUCUUUGUGUAAUAUCCCAGAGAAAUUGUUCAUCAACUGUUAAUGAUUUUUCAAAGAAAAUAUCGGAUCAAAGACAAUCCGACUCUAUGAAAUAUUUAUCUUUAUUAGCUUUAGGCGAAAUUGGACGUAAAGUUGAUUUAAGUAAACAUGCCAAUCUACAUGUUAUUAUACUAUCUUUGUUUUCAGUACCUUCCGAGGACAUAAAAUCAGCGGCUGCGUUUGCGCUUGGUAACGUAAGCGCUGGUAAUGUUGGUAAGUAUUUGCCAAUUGUUAUCGGGGAGAUCAAAGAAGAUCCAAAGAAGCGGUACCUAUUAUUACAUGGGCUUAAAGAGAUUAUUUCUCGUUAUUCAAAUGAAGAAGGUGUCAAAGCUCUGGGUCCUUUUGCUGAUGACAUUUGGAACAUUUUGUUUGAUAGUGGUGAAAAUAUUGAGGAAGGAACACGUAGUGUUGUUGCCGAGUGUCUUGGCAAACUAACAUUGGCAAAUCCCAAUAAAUUUUUACCAGAACUUCAGAAACGAUUACGUUCUAUAUCGGCUCAAACUCGUGGCACGGUUGUCACGGCUAUAAAAUUUACAUUUAUAAAUCAAGGACAAGGAUAUGAUGAAUUAUUACGACCUUUAAUUGUGGAUUUCUUGUCAUUAAUACAAGACAAUGAUUUGAAUGUACGUAGACUUUCGUUGUCAACUUUAAACUCGGCGGCUCACAACAAACCAUAUUUGAUCCGUGACGUCUUGAAUCAACUAUUACCUUUGUUAUAUGAAGAAACCCUUAUAAAGGAGCAUCUCAUCCAUAUGGUUGAAAUGGGACCAUUCAAACAUAAAGUAGAUGAUGGUCUUGAUAUUAGAAAGUCUGCUUAUGAAUGCAUGUAUACUUUGCUCGAAACAUGCCUUGAUAAGCUUGAAAUAUAUAAUUUCUUAACGCGCGUUGUUGAAGGAUUAUCGGACCAACAUGAUAUUGCUAUACUUUCACAUACCAUGUUAAUUCGAUUGGCCCGCGUUGCACCAACGGCAGUCACGCAAAGACUUGAUGAGGCUGUGGAGCCACUCAAAGGAACACUUACAUACAGAAUGAAGGAUAACGCUGUAAAAUCAGAAAUCGACAAAAACAAUGAAUUAUGUCGAUCUGCCGUGAGAGUUGUGGUAACUUUGGCUAAAUUGGCUGAGCAUGGCGGAAGUACACCCAAAUUCGAUGCUUUUGUUAGAGAUACGAAAGUUGGGCAGUGGGGUGAACAGUAUAAUGCUUAUCACAUUGAACUAGAAAGUAAAGAAUUUGGUAUAGGACACGGUGGUGAUACUAUGGAUCUUUCAUAA